CCUGAGAAGACUGAAGCCAAGAUGGCAGAAGUGAAGCAGAAGAAGAAGCAGACCUUCCAGAAGUUCACGUACCGGGGCGUUGCUCUGGAACAGCUCCUCGACAUGUCUUAUUGUUCUCUAAUGCAGCUCUACAGAGCCUGCCAGUGCCAACGGCUGAACCGGGAGAAGGCCAAGAAGGAGGCCCUGCCGAUGGAGAAGCCUGAGGUGGUCAAGACCCACUUGCGAGACAUGAUCGUCCUCCCAGAGAUGGUGGGCAGCAUGGUGGGCAUCUACAAUGGGAAGACCUUCAACCAGGUGGAGAUCAAGUCUGAGAUGAUUGGCCACUACCUGGGGGAGUUCUCCAUCACCUACAAGCCAGUGAAGCACGGCCGGCCAGGAAUUGGGGCCACCCACUCGUCUCGCUUCAUCCCUCUCAAGUAACGGGCCUUUGGGAAGAACUUGGGUGUGUCUCAAUAAAGGGGCAUCCCC